AUGGACAUUACCCCCGUCGACAUUACACCCUUGUACAUUACACCCGUCGACAUCACACCCAUGGACAUUACACCCGUCGACAUCACACCCUUGUACAUUACACCCGUCGACAUCACACCCGUCGACAUCACACCCAUGGACAUUACCCCCGUCGACAUUACACCCUUGUACAUUACACCCGUCGACAUCACACCCGUCGACAUUACACCCGUCGACAUUACACCCAUGGACAUUACCCCCGUCGACAUUACACCCGUGGACAUUACACCCGUCGACAUUACACCCAUGGACAUUACCCCCGUCGACAUUACACCUAUGGACAUUACCCCCGUCGACAUUACACCCGUCGACAUCACACCCGUCGACAUUACACCCAUGGACAUCACCCCCAUGGACAUUACACCCGUCGACAUAAAAAAAACACCCUUGUACAUUACACCCGUCGACAUCACACCCGUCGACAUUACACCCGUCGACAUUACACCCAUGGACAUUACCCCCGUCGACAUUACACCUAUGGACAUUACCCCCGUCGACAUUACACCCGUCGACAUUACACCCAUGGACAUUACCCCCGUCGACAUUACACCUAUGGACAUUACCCCCGUCGACAUUACACCCGUCGACAUCACACCCGUCGACAUUACACCCAUGGACAUCACCCCCAUGGACAUUACACCCGUCGACAUCACACCCGUCGACAUUACACCCAUGGACAUUACCCCCGUCGACAUUACACCCGUCGACAUUACACCCAUGGACAUUACCCCCGUCGACAUUACACCUAUGGACAUUACCCCCGUCGACAUUACACCCAUGGUCAUUACACCCGUCGACAUUACCCCCAUUGACAUUACCCCCAUCGACAUUACACCCAUGGACAUUACCCCCGUCGACAUUACACCCGUCGAGAUUACGCCCGUCGACAUUACACCCGUCGACAUUACCCCCAUUGACAUUACCCCCGUGGACAAAAAAAACAUUCCAUAA